AUGGAAACAAUUCAACGCGAGUACUCCAAUUUCAGUAUCCCUCCUGGAGUGAAUCAUCCUGGAAAGCUUCGAAUUGUCCUUGCUUCUAUGAUUAGUACAGAUGCUACGGGGAAGAUUUUGGAAAAGAUCGGGGUGUGCAGCCAGAUCGCCUUCACCCGCUACGUGCGCGCCGGGAGGAAGCUGGGACCAGACCCGCAGCUCUCGCUGGCGGACGCGCGGUUCGGCCGGGUGCCGGUGCGGGUCUACCGACCCCGCACGCCAUCUGCCGGCCUGCGGGCGGGCGCCAUCUUCUUCCACGGCGGCGGCUGGCUGUACGGCAGCAUCGAUUCCCACGAAAACAUCUGCCGUUACAUUGCCAGAAAAAGCGAGCUGGUGGUUGUGUCUGUUGGGUAUCGUUUAGCUCCUGAACACAAAUACCCUGCAGCGUAUGAAGACUGUCUUAACGCCACCAUACACUUUAUGAAGAAUGUAGAGCAUUAUGGCGUGGACCCUGCCCGUAUAAUUGUCUGCGGGGACAGCGCUGGGGGCAAUCUAGCAGCUGCUGUUAGCCAGACCCUUGCAGGUAGAUCAGACCUCCCCAAACUACGUGCUCAGAUCUUGAUCUACCCAGGCCUUCAGGCACUGGACUUCAAUUUACCAUCUUAUCAGCAAAAUAGAGGAGUCCCUCUCUUAUUUCGAGAACGUGCCGCUUUCUUUGCUUUGCAGUACCUAAAUGGGCAUGCAUUGCAUAUGCAAGAGGUCUUGGAGGGCUCUCAUAUUCCUCCAGAGUUGAGGCUGAAGUACAGGAAGUGGGUGAGCGCAGAUAACAUCCCUGAGAAAUUUAAGGUCCGUGGUGUGAAGCCACUUAGGCCUACAGAUUUCAUAGCUGAAGUUUAUGAGACAGUGAAAAGAAUCUGUGAGCCCAACCUGUGUCCGCUGUUAGCUGAAGAUGCUGUUGUUCACCAGCUGCCUGAGUCUUUCAUCUUGACUUGUGAGUACGAUGUGCUGAGGGACGACGGCUUGCUCUACAAGAAGAGACUGGAGGACAAUGGUGUGCAAGUGACCUGGUACCACCUGGAGGACGGAUUCCAUGGAAUCAUAAGCUUCUUUGAUCAUUGUAGUUUGUCAUUUCCAGCUGGGAAAAGAGGAUUGGACAGAAUUGUUAAAUUCAUAAAAGGCCUGUAA